AUGCACGGCCAGCCCCAGCCCCAGCCCGGCCCGCAGCCCCCGGCGCGGCUGCCCGCGCCCGGCCGGCCCAAGGCAGGCAGGAGGCGCUACAAGACCUUCAUGAUCGACGAGAUCCUCUCCAGGGAGACCUGCGACUACUUGGAGAAACUUUCGCUGUACUCCGUCUGCCCGUCGCUCCUGGUCCGGCCCAAGCCGCUGCACUCCUGCGCCGGCUCCCCUUCUCUGCGGGCGUAUCCUGUCAUCUCCGUCCUCGCCCGGCAGCCACCCGUGCUCCCGCAGCUGCUCCCGGCCGCCGGCAGCUCCCGGCUGCUGCCGGCCCAGCCCUGCCUGGCGGCCGCGGGCACCAAGGGUUCCCCCAGCGAGGCCCAGGGCAGCAGCGAGUCGGAGGCAGAGCAGCCCCCACCACGCUCGAAGAAGCCGCGCCGGAGCAGGACCAUCUUCACUGAGAUCCAGCUUAUGGGCCUGGAGAAGAAAUUCCAGAAGCAGAAGUACCUCUCCACCCCCGAUAGGCUGGACUUAGCCCAAUCCUUGGGACUGACUCAGCUCCAGGUGAAGACAUGGUACCAGAACCGUAGGAUGAAGUGGAAGAAAAUGGUGUUGAAGGGUGGACAGGAAGCUCCAACGAAGCCCAAAGGCCGCCCAAAGAAAAACUCCAUUCCCACCUCAGAGGAGAUCGAAGCAGAGGAGAAAAUGAACAGCCAGGCUCAGAGUCAGGCAUUGGAGGGAUGUCAAGCCUCUGAGGAGCCAAAACUAACAGAGGAGAACCCAGAAGAAGUCCUGUUGGAGACAGAGAAGUGUCCAGAACAUAUACCAGAGCCUUCCUCAGAGGAGACUACACCAUUAAGUUAA